UUCUUAGUUUGCGAGCCUCUGUAAACAAAUCGACAUAAGUCAGCUGAUUCCUAAAUUUUUUUAUAUUUGUGGAUUGAAAUUCUUCAACAGAGAAGUUUAUCGCGAAUUUAUUUAACAACAAACCCGUAUCCCUUAGCUAUAAUGGAUUGGAUUACUGUGCUAGUGCUAGUUGUAUUUAGUGUCCAAAUAACACAACAAGUUGAUUAUGACUGCAAUGAUCUAUUAAUGGGUCAGUAUCUAUGUCCAGAUCCAACUAAAAAACUGAUCGAUCCCAAAACGCAACAAUUUUAUGGGUGUACAAAAGAAAAUAAAGCAAGAGUUUGGUGCCUAGCUGUCGAUGGCAUAAAUUGCACGGAAACUGGCAAUAACACCUUCACGCGCGAAUUACCAUGCAAGUGGACAAAUGGUUAUCACCUUGACACCACAUUGCUGCUAUCCGUGUUCUUGGGUAUGUUUGGUGUCGACCGUUUCUACUUAGGCUAUCCCGGUAUUGGUUUGAUAAAGUUUUGUACAUUGGGUGGCAUGUUCCUGGGUCAACUAGUUGACAUUGUCCUCAUAGCUACACAAGUUGUAGGUCCAGCAGAUGGUUCAGCAUAUGUGAUACCAUAUUAUGGGGCGGGAGUAACAAUUGUGCGCAGUGACAAUUCAACGUAUCGCUUGCCACGCGAUGACUGGUGAAACAGAAGUAAUUAAUGUAGUAAGCAUUAAUGCCAUCUGAAGAGCUGGCAGGUAAAUAAUGGAUAAGUUCAAAAAUAUUAGGGAAUGUGGAACUGGAUUAGAUCUAGUGUUAAACUAAUUCUUUGUGGUUUGAUUGUUUGCAGCGUUAGUUGUUAAAGAUAACUGGGUUUUAGCAGUCUUAGAUUUGAAGCUGACUUUUUCGGUUUAGUUUACCAGCUCCAUAUUUGUAAAUGUUUAAUAUAAACUAUAAACCUGACUGAACUUGUGAAUAUGAAUGUAAAUUUAUCAAUAGUGUAACUUUAGUAAGUAGGUUUACGAAUUAAAUUAACAUAUACAUAUACUUUAAAUAUAGAAAGGUGUUGU